UUCAUUAUAAUAUCACUGACAGUGGACUGUGGAACAUUUCACAGGUUGCAUGCUAUCACAGCAUCCUGCUGGAAUUCACUGAGCUCCUGAGACUGACUCAUUCUUUCACUAAUGUUUGUAGAAACAGUGUGCAUGACUAGAUGUUUGCUUUUAUACACCUACUGUAUGACCAUGGAAGUGAUCAGAACCUGGGUUCAAUGAUUUGGAUGGGCGAGUGAAUACUUUUGACAGUGAAGUGUUAAUCAGGUAUAAAUGGGUUAAGCAAGAGCCUUGGUGAAUGACUUUAGAGACAAAAUAAAUUAUUGUACUCCUAUUUUAAGCACUUGAGUACAUUAAAAUGCAAAUAUUUUUUGUACUUUUACCUAAGAAGAAGUCUAAAAGGAGGACUACUACUUUGUUUUUAAGCUCUUUUCUCUAUUUUGGUCAUAAUGUUACUUUCCUUCACACUGUGAACAUGAUGUGGAAGUUUAAUAUAAAUUGUGCAUGCCUUGUCCGCUGUAAAUUUUCAUUUUAGUACAUUAGUACAAUGUACACACACUUUUGACUAAAUAACCUUAUGUUUUACAGUUUAAGCCAGGCAGUUUUCUAACUCCUUUAAGCUAAAAUAUUGCUUUUACAGUGCAGUAUUGUUAAUGCAUUAUUGUUCAAGUGUUUAGCACUAUACAUGUGUUUAUAUUUGGACCUAGUUGGGCUUCCCAAACAGGCUUCAUUAUUACAGCCCACCUUAAUCUCACACGGGUCCAGUAUGUGCUCCACCCCUGCUGGUCCAAUCAGUGACCCUUGUGGGGCCCAUUACUGACAACCAUAUGCAGUUAUAACAUGGAACCUGUGCCCUCUACGCAGGUCCCACUUGGAGGGAUGAGUCUAGACGAGGACACACGUUGGCUCGAGUGGGUCACCAAGCAGUUUGAGAGCAUUGCGGGUGAAGACAAGGAGAUAGAUCUGGACGAGUUCAAAACAGCUCUCAAAGUGAAGGAGUCAUUCUUUGCAGAACGCUUCUUUACUCUGUUUGACUCGGAUGGCAGUAACUCUAUCAGUCUGGAUGAGCUUCUGAAGGCUCUGAACCUCCUCAUCCACGGCAGUGAGACAGACAAACUGCGCUUUCUCUUCCAGGUCUAUGAUGUAGACGGUAGUGGUUCUAUAGAUCCUGAUGAGUUGCGGACUGUGCUGAAAUCAUGCCUGAAGGAGAGCGCCAUCUCCUUGCCUGAGGAGAAACUAGACGACCUGACGCUGGCCCUGUUCGAGUCAGCUGAUAAAGACAACAGUGGCUCUAUCACAUUUGAGGAACUGAAGGCAGAGCUGGAGACGUUCCCUGAGGUCAUGGAGAAUCUCACUAUCAGUGCUGCUAACUGGUUAAAACCUCCUGAUCUGGAUCAGAAGAAGCGUCCGACGCCGCGCUACCUGACCCGCACAUACUGGCACAACAACAGCCGAAAGCUGCUCUUCCUCUGCCUGUAUUCGGUUCUCAACCUGCUCCUCUUCAUUAUGAAUAUGAUGCAGUACGCGUAUGGUGGGCCCUGGUUAAUGCUGGCAAAAGGAUGUGGGAUAUGUCUCAACCUUAACUGUACAUUUAUUAUGGUGCUUAUGUUACGGCGCUGUCUCACCUGGUUAAGAGCCACCUGGAUAGUGAGAAUUUUACCUCUGGAUCAAAACAUCCUGCUGCACCAGAUGGUGGGAUACGCUAUCGUCAUCUUCACCGUGGCGCACACGAUGGCGCACGUCAUGAACUUUAUUACUCUGACUCAGGCAGAUGAUAGUUAUCAGCUAUGGGAAUAUCUCUUGACCACUCGUCCUGGUAUUGGCUGGGUUAAGGGCACGGCCUCGAUCACAGGGGUCGUGCUCCAGGUCCUCAUCUGUCUAAUGGUGGUCUGCUCCAGCACCUUUGUCAGACGCAGUGGCCAUUUUGAGGUAUUCUACUGGUCCCAUCUCUUGUACAUCUGGGUGUGGGUACUCCUCAUCGUCCACUGUGCCAACUUCUGGAAGUGGUUUGUAGCACCUGGUGUAAUAUUCUUUGUGGAGAAGUUAGUUGGCAUUGCAGUGUCUCGUAUGGGUGGCCUGUACAUCGUUGAAGUCAACUUGCUGCCAUCUAAGGUGACUCAUCUGGUGAUCAAGCGGCCGCCUUUCUUCCAAUUUAAACCCGGAGACUACGUCUACAUCAACAUACCCGUCAUAGCCAAGUAUGAGUGGCACCCCUUCACUAUCAGCAGCGCCCCUGAACAACAAGAUUCCAUGUGGCUUCAUGUGCGCUCAAUGGGCCAGUGGACAAAUCGUCUGUUUGAGUACUUUAGACAGUCAGAUAGCCAAGCCAUGAGUAACAAAAGGCUUACAGCCAGCCUGAGGAACCGACGCCAUGAGACAAGAAACCAGGAGGAUCUGUUUAAAAACAUGAAUGACAAUGGAACUGUAGCAUCGAAUGAGGACGUUGCUGUUGAGCUGACUCUGUAUCGGGUGAAUAGAGCACGCUGUGCUUCUGAGAAGCCUCACGUAGACCCCACAGUGCAGGCAGAACUGGGAGAGGCUCCUUCAGCUACUAGAGAGAUCUGUGCCAAACUGAGUGAGAAUCACAGGUAUUGCAACAUCAAAUGUUAUGUUGAUGGACCCUAUGGCACCCCCACCCGGCAAAUCUUUGCCUCAGAGCAUGCUGUGUUAAUUGGGGCUGGUAUUGGCAUCACACCCUUUGCGUCUAUUCUUCAGAGCAUUAUGUACCGUUAUCGAAUGAGGAAGCAGAACUGUCCCAACUGUAACUACUCAUGGUGUGAGACUAUCAAGGACAAUGAGAUGAAACUGAGGAAGGUGGAUUUCAUUUGGAUAAACCGGGAUCAAAAAUCCUUUGAGUGGUUUGUCAGCCUGCUGACUAAGCUGGAGAUGGACCAGGCAGAUGAGGAGCCUGAGGGUCGUUUUUUGGAGAUGCACAUGUACAUGACUUCAGCUCUUAGCAAGAAUGACAUGAAGGCUAUCGGGCUGCAGAUGGCACUGGACCUGCUGGCAAAGAAAGAGAAGAGAGACUCCAUUACAGGUCUCCGUACACGCACCCAGCCAGGAAGACCAGACUGGGGCAAGGUGUUCAAGAAGGUGUCUGAAGAAAAAAAAGGAAAAGUCCAUGUGUUCUACUGCGGCUCCCCAGCACUCGCUAAGGUCAUCAAGGCUCAGAGUGAGAAAUUCGGAUUCAAUUUCUACAAGGAGAACUUCUGAGACUUUUCACACCAAUUCACACAGGCUAUGUUCACAUUACCAGGCUGAUAAGAUUGUUUGCAUUUAUGUCACAUGAUUACAUUCAGAGUUGUGUGCACAUGUCAAAUAUGACAUCAGUCACUUUCAUUUGUGGUUCUCAAUCAGAUACAUGUUUGUGGGCAUGAAUGUGAAUGGUCAGAUAGGAUUUCAUGUGCCUUUUUUACCACCAGCAGCAAGAUAGAUAAAUCCGGUAUGAGGAAAAAUUGCAUUUUAUGAGGCUUAUAAUGUAAAUGUAGGCAUUUAUGUAGGGGCUUUUUAUUACUGUGCCCCUCUGGCAUAAACCAAUGCUUGUUGACCUACUCGCCUCAAAGUUUAAUCUGACUUUACACUGUGACAUUUUCUUUUUUAAACUUCAUGUAUUUGCCUUUGCACUUUCUGUCUCAUUUUGGACAUAACACCACACCUUCUGAUUAUCACUAUAGACACUCAUGAUAGGAUUUGGAUUCAGCAACUUAGAGUAGCUUGUCAUUUAGUACUAGUAUACCAUACCAUGUGACUGUGUAUAAAUAAUGAGCGUGAUCAUUAUUUGUGCAAUGUGAUCGGGUUGUUUGAAGCAUCAUAGUUUCAUGUAUAUGCAUUGUCUGAGUCCAGUUACAAAAUAGAGGCCAUGUGUUAUAAUGUCAAGUGUUAUUGUGUAUAUCUUGUGUUAUUGUUCAUGUUUUUCUUUAAUUGAUUCCCUUAGAAUUUUAUAUAUGUUAUAUGUUGUGUAUUUUGUAUGUGAAAAUAAUUUCUAUAUUUGUAAUAUGAAGUAUUUCUAUAGCCUGUGUACAGAACUGUGAAAAGUCUUAA